UGCUUCGUCAUCUUGGUACAAUGUAGCUAGGUUGGUUCUUCCUACUCUCUUUACGUAGGUAUUAGUUUAAUACAUAGAUAAGUUAGCGAGAUAUUAAUUCAUUAAUAUUUGUACAGUUGAUACGUUUAAGUGGUGUAAACAAAGCAUGCGAAGGGUGACGCUUUUUGUCAACGGAACCUCCAAAAAUGGCAAGGUUGUAGCUGUUUAUGGGACUCUGUCUGAUCUAUUGACAGUUGCCAGCAAUAAAUUGGGAAUCAGGGCUUGUAACCUAUAUAAUGGGAAAGGUGGUCUAAUAGAUGACAUUGCCCUCAUCAGAGAUGAUGAUGUGCUGUAUGUAUCAGAAGGGGACGCUUUCAUUGACCCUCAGAGGGAUGGGAAAACGUCAGAUGACAUCUCUGGAUCGCACACUGAUUGGCUAACGCUGAAUAUUGGUGGGCGGCUUUUCACCACCACUAGGAGUACUCUUGUGAGUAAGGAGCCUGACAGCAUGCUGGCACACAUGUUUAGAGAGAAGGAUGUAUGGGGUAACAAGCAGGAUGAGCGAGGGGCUUACCUCAUUGAUCGCAGCCCAGAGUACUUUGAGCCCAUCCUGAAUUACCUGAGGCACGGCCAGAUCAUUGUCAAUGAAGGAAUAAACUUACUCGGGGUACUGGAAGAAGCUCGGUUCUUUGGAAUAGAGCAAAUGGCUGAACAGCUAGAAGUCGCCAUUAAGAAUUCUCAUCCGCCUGAAGACCAUUCUCCCCUCUCACGCAAAGAAUUUGUUCGCUUUCUGCUGGCUACGCCAACCAAAUCAGAGCUACGCUGUCAGGGUCUUAAUUUCAGUGGAGCGGACCUUUCUCGGCUGGAUUUGCGCUAUAUCAAUUUUAAGAUGGCAAAUCUGAGCCGCUGCAAUCUCACCUAUGCAAACCUGUGCUGCUCAAACCUGGAGAGAGCGGACUUAUCUGGAGCCAACCUGGAUGGUGCUAAUCUUCAGGGCGUGAAGAUGCUCUGCUCUAAUGCAGAGGGAGCGUCACUGAAAGGAUGCAACUUUGAAGAUCCCUCUGGGCUCAAGGCCAACCUAGAGGGGGCUAAUCUGAAAGGAGUUGACAUGGAGGGCAGUCAGAUGACUGGUAUAAACCUGCGUGUGGCCACGCUGAAGAAUGCUAAGCUGAAGAACUGUAACCUGCGUGGUGCUACAUUAGCCGGCACGGAUCUCGAGAACUGCGAUCUCUCAGGCUGUGAUCUACAGGAAGCCAACCUGCGUGGUUCAAAUGUGAAAGGAGCAAUUUUUGAGGAGAUGCUGACUCCGCUGCACAUGUCCCAAAGUGUGAGAUAGCCAAUUACAUCUCUCGCUGGCCGGCGACCUCAGCAGCCAGCUGUUCACAGCUCUCCCUUACCCCGAGCCCCGUCUUCGUUUCUCGCUCCUGUGAAACCGUUUGCAAUAAUAGCACUUGGUUUGCCCAGCCCUUCUCUUUGAGCUUUACUCUCAUGCACUAGUGCACAUCCAGGGUCUCUGUUGUCAUGGCCAAAAAUAGCGAAAGCUUAGUGUAGAGAAUCCAAAUAUUCGAAAAUGCUAUUUGCGAAACCAAACUUGUUACCGUUAUUUAUGCUUCGAGUUGACCUUUUGUUCGAUUUCACUGAAUGUAUGCAUUUCAUGUUCUGUUUUGUCUCAAAUAAUGAAGUCAACAUUUCAGUCAAUCAGUACAACCAAAUAUAUCUGUAGUAUUUUAGAUUUAGCAAUCAAUUGUAGGCAAUUUAUGAAAGGCUUAUUGUUGCACAGCGUACUGCAGGCAAAACAAGCUCAUAAUAGUAGCUUAUAAAAAUACCUUAGGGUCUGGCUACAAAUAUGCAACAUAAACAUAUAGCUCUUACAUAUUCUGUUUUCACAUCAAAUUCAUUGUUUGUUUUGUUAUCUGGUUUGUCAAUUGUUGUUUGAUCUACCUCCCAAAAAACUGUUUUAAUCAUUACGUCAAAUGCAAACCACAUCUUACUGUUUUUCCAACACCUAUUAAUCUUUAAUAACUGUGUAAUAACACUUUGCCAUAGGCUAAUAUGCACAAUUAUUAACCAGUGGUGCCAAUAUGCUGGUUUAUAAUAUAUAUUGUAUGUGUGAAUGUUUCGCUUUCAGAUUUCAAAUUUUUCCCAUUUUUAAUCUCAUUUUAAAUUGAAGUGACCGACCCACACCAAAAAUUCUGUGAUGUUUUUCAUGUCACUAUCAAACCCAGUGCUUCCUUAUUUAAUGUUUGUCAUGAUAUCACGUUUGUUCAUCAAUAUCGUCCUACUUUUUAAUAACAUUUUGAACACAUGGACUUGUGCAUUCUUAUACCUAAAUUGUGUGUAAGACUGACAAAGUAGCGCAUUUAUGAAAUGCAACGUAGGUCUUGUGCUGCUCAACUAUUGCGUUAUAAUAUCACCUGAUCUGGAUUAAUUGGCUGAAUGGUUAAAAAAAUGAAACCUAACCAUCUCGCAUAGAGAUUUCUGACAGUAGCUCAGACUUAAUUGUUUUUCAACAUGCUGUUAUUUUUCAUUUACAAAUGUUAUUGUAGGUACUCUAUCAAUCCUGUUAAAUGAAGGCAAUCAAAAUAGACUUUUGCACCUAAAGUGUAAUUCACUAUGCAUAUCAGACCCUUGUGGAAAGGGUGCUAGCUAUUUAUUUAUGUAUCAGGCUGUGUUUAUGUAAGUGGUCGGGGGAGGAUCUACCUGCUCUCUCUUUACCAAACUUUGUUGCACUCUAUUACGGAAAUGUGUUUCCAUAAAUAGACUGUUAUAAUCAAA